AAGGCACGAGUCAGUUGAGCUCGAAAAACCAUCAUCAACGUACCUGUCACCGUUGUCACUGUCUCACUACUCUGUAAACCUUUUUGUUUUUUUUUUUUUUUUUGUUAUUUAAUUUUUUUUCUAGACCUGCUAUCGAGUUUUAUUUUCUUCCAACAAUCAUUCAGCUUCCAAAGCACAAAAAAAAAAACAUGGCAACAGAGAGUUCAAAGCAUCCAAGUGGUUACCUGGUGGCUCCAAGAGUUCCACAGGGUCUUGCAGCAGCUGUAGAAGGUUUAACACGAGAAGUAAUACGUCAACGUCCUGAAGAUAUUUAUGUAUUUGCUGCUCAUCAUUUUGAAAAAUUAUUAAAAUUACGUCAAGAGUAUGGAACAAGUGGUAUUCCAUUGGAAAAAGAUUCAAGAACAUUAAGAGAUAUGGGAUUGAGUCAUUUAAUGAUUCCAAAAAAUGAAAAAGAUUUAACAAGAGCUAGAGAUACAGCUGAACAAAGUGGAUGGUCUGUUAAUCAAACAGCAAAAGUAUUAAAACGACAUAGAAGUAUUGUUGGUGAUAUUGGAGAUUCUGGUGAUGCAUUUACAAUAAUACGUAGUAGAGUUAAUAAUAAUGAUCGAAUAUCUCCAAUUAAUAAAUAUAAUUAUACAAAUGAUAAUACAUCAGAUGAAAAUUAUCAAAAAUAUUCAAAAAGAUUUAAUCAACGUUCUUGGUCAAUUGAAGAUCGUUUAUUUUGUAGUACUGAAACAAAAAAUAAUCCAAAAAUAAUAACAAGAAUACCAAGUACUGGAAUGCUAGCUAAAGAUAUUAAAACUGAACUCAGAAAAAAUAGAAUAAGCAGUCGUGAAAGAAGAAGUUCAAGGUGUAAACCUGAUGAAAGACAAAGAUCUGAUACAAAUGAAAUUAAUAAUUAUGAUAUAAGAUCAUCAUCGAGAAAAUCAUCUGGUCAACGUGGGCAAGAUGACAGUCAAUUACGUCGAAGAAGUAGUGAAAAUUUAAUUGAGUCUUCCGGUAAUCGAAUGAUAAAAACUCCGAGUAUGGAUAAAGUUAAAGAUUAUGUUGUUCAUAAAUUUUCAACAACAAAAAGUAUUGAAGAACUUCAAUCAGUCAAGUAUGUUGAAAAAGUACAAGAAAUUAUUGAUGAAACUGGACAAAUUAUUAAGGAAAAAGUUGAACAAUUAAAAAAUGGAAUUUAUAUUGAUAAAAAAUUACGUUCAAGAUCAAAUAGUAAAAAUAAUAUUGAUGCUGAAAAUAAAUCUAGAGAGUCUAGUGGUAUUGAAGGAAAAUUAACUGAGACAAAUAAUGUUUUAGAUAAUUUAUCAGCAAAUUUAGGUAAAUCAAAUCGUCGUUCAAAAUCAGCAAGAGGUCUUCGUCGAAUGAAAAGUGUAUCAACAAUGUCUAGUGAAGAUUCAAAUGCUGAUAAUACAGAUAAAAAUGAAGAACUUAUGAUAUCUGCAUUAUUAAUUGAAAAUAGAAAAAAAGAUGGAUUAGAUACAAGAUUAAAUGAGACAAAAAAUAUACUUGAAAAUAUUUAUUCUGGUUUUCCAAAACCAGUACGUUGUUCAAGAUCAGAAAAAGGAUCUCGUUCAAAUUUAACAUCAGAUUUAAGUAGUCAAAAAAGUGAAGAAUUAGAAACAAUGUUAAAUGAAACGAAAAAUAUUUCUUCAAAUUUUACAGAACAAAAUGGACUUAGAAAAUCACGUGGUAGUGGUAAUGCAUCAUCAUUAUCAUCAAAAUCUGAUGAAUCUGAUCAUGCAGAGUCGCAAAAAAAUAUUGAAGUUUCUCUUCCAGUUGUUAGACCACCAUCUGCUAAAAAUAACAGUAAAAAUCAUGUUAAAAAUGAUUCACAAGCUAUUAUUUUACCUGCAAUUUCACCAGAAGUUUCAAAAUCAGCUUCAAAAAAAGAUGAAUUUUCUCUUCCAAUUUUAUCAUCUCCAGGAACUUCACCACCUCUUUCAUCUACCCUUGAAGACUCCAAAUUGCCAGGUUCAGCUGAUAGUAUUUCAAGAGAAAAUUAUAUAAAUAAAGUACAGGUAGAUGAAGUUUUUAAAGAUAGUCUUGAUGUGACUCCAGAGCCUUUGGAUCUUCCACUGAGACCUGAUUCUCUUGAACCAGAAGAACAAGAUUUAACAAGUGAUUUAAAAGACAAACUCUUGGAAAUUCAAGAGGCUGAAAAAAAUAUUGAAAAAAUAUUUACAACAGAUGAAAAUAAAGAAACAAAUUCCAAAGAUCCAUUCAAAGAAAAAUUAAUAGAGUUAAUGGAAGUUGAAAAAGGAAUUGAAAAAAUUUUAGUUGAUAAUCAACUUGUAGAAAAUACAGAAGAAAAUUUAUUAGACAAGGAAAAUGAAGCAGAAAAAAUAGAAAUUUUGGAAAGCAAAGAAAACGUAAAAAAGCUUGAAAUUGAAGAAAAUAAAAAUUUGGGAGAAUCAUCAGAUACAUAUAUUUUAUCAGAAAAAUCCCCCACUGAUAUUCCAGAAACAGUUACAACAGUUAUAAUUCCAGAUUUUCCACAAACACCUGACUCAGACAGUCUUCCAAUUGACUUUGAAAUUGGAGACAGUGAAGCUGCUGAAUUAAUUCCAGGUUUAAGUAUGACAAUAGAAGAGCUUGAUGAAUCAGUUGAUGCAACAUCAAUUCCAGUUAAUCUUGAGUCACUCGGUGAAGUAAUUUUACCAGAAGACAAUCCAGAGUCUUCAGUUGAUUUUGUUUCUCCAAUGGACGAGCUGAUAAUAAUUCCUAAAAAAGAUUUGCAAUCAAUCAAUGAAGACGUGCUACAUGAAGAAGAAUUAAUUGAAAAUAAUAAUCAAUUAAAUUCACCAAAAGAUAUUCAAAAUAUUGAAGAAGAUUCUGGUAAUUUAAUAUCAACAAGUAGAAUUGAUACUUCAGAUAUAUCUGGUGAUUUGACAGGUAUUGAUAAUACAUCAACACUCUCAACAUCAGCCAAAGAAACAACAGUAACUGAUGGACAAAUUGAACUGUCAAAAAGACAAGAAAAUUCAGCUGAAAAUGAAGAAUUAAGCAGUGAUACUGUAUCAGCUGAAACGACAAAUGAAGCAAAAGAAACAACAGUAACUGAUGGUACUAGUUUUUCUUUGGAUCCAAUGCGUCCAUUUAUUCCUGAAUUAAAUCUUGAUUCACUUCAGGAUAUUACUGUAUCAUCAUUUAAAAUGACUGAAGAUGAUAAUGAAGAUCCAGGUGAAAUUGAUCAAGAAAAUACAAUUACUUCAAUUACUGAAACAUUAACUCCUGAUGAACAUAAAAAAAUUACAACAACAACAACAACAACAGCAAGAGAAGAAGAUGAAGAGUUAAAUAUAUUUGAAUUUUCUGAUGCUGAUUUAGUGGUAGAUGUUGAAUCUGAAACAACUGGAAGUGAAAAAAUAGUAUUAAAUGAGUCAAAUGAAUUUCAAGAUGAAAAUUUAAUUACUCCAGAAAUUAUUGAAGAGCCUUGUAUAAAAAAAUAUGUAGAAAUUGUAGAGCCUCCAUUUGAAAAAGAAAUUGUCAAACUCAUAGAGCCAGAUGUUGUUAAUAAUGAAAGCUCAGUUCCUGAUAAUUUACCUGAUCAAACAAUUGAUUUAAAAUCUGAUGAAAAUGAAAAAAAAAUAAUAGAAAAUAAUUUAGAAAAAGCAUCAGAAAGUGAUCAAGGAACAGAAGAAAUUGAGGACAAUUUUGUUGAUGAAGAUACACCAUUGGCAGUUUCAAGAUCAGCAAGUCAAUGUACAACUCGUCGAGUGAGUUCUGGUAAUUUAGCUAGAUUAAAAGAAGAACAACGUUUUGAUGAAGGAGAAGAAAUAGAAAUGACAAAUGAAUCAAUAAAAGACAAGCCAACAACUCCAAAGCUUGAUAAUACAUUAUUAAAAGAAGAAAUAAAAUUAAAUGAAUCUCUUGAUAUAACAAUUGUCGAUGAAUCAAGUGAGUUUAAUGACCUCGUGUCUGCUGGAAAUUCCAAUGAUGAUAUAAGCAAUGAAAAUGCUCUUGAAGAAUCACGAAAAUAUCAUAUAUAUGUACCAGAAUUAGAUCAAACUGAAGAAACCACAACAAUAACAACAACGGAAUCUAGUUUUAAUUCAGCUGCAACAAAAAUACAAGCAGGUGUUAGAGGUUUCCUGACACGUAGACGUUUUCAACGAAUGCACCACCUUAACUCAACUUUAAAUAGCGUGCCAUCGAUUCAAGACAGUAUUGUGAUUGAUGGAAAUUCAUUGGAUAAUCUGGAGCCAACAGUUGAGCUUGAGGAUGCAGCUAAAAAAAUUCAAAGUAAUUUUCGCAGUUACAAAGCAAGACAACGUCUACGACGUGAAGAUGCAAUGCAAAAAACAACACUAUCAAUGGAACGAGCAUUUGGUGAUAAUGGAAUUUGUCAUACUGGUGAAUUCCAUGAUUGUAUUCCACUUCCCAUCUUCGACUUUAUGAAAAAUGAUGAUAAUAAUACACAAACUGAAAGUUUAAUGACAAACAAAUUCGAUGAAAUAUCAAUGGACACCUUAGAUAAAAAAAAUAAACAAAAAGAACUUGGAAUGAUGUUUGAAAUUUCACCAAAUACACCAGUUGUACAAUUUGGUAUAGUUCCAAAAAUAAAUAAACUUGUUGAUGUAGUUGUAAUUACUAAAGACGAAUCAACUGUUCAAAAUAGUUAUUUAAAUUUUAUAACAAGUGUUGAAGACACUGAUAUUAAUCCUCAUUUAAUAAAAAAUUCGACAGAUCAAUUAAAACAAGCUGAUCAAUUAAAUGAUUCAUUAGUUGAAGAUAAUACUCAGGAAUCAAUGGAUUUUAGUCCAAGAAAAGGAGUUAUUAUUGAGGAAAUAACGAGCCUCGAAGAAGCAAAAAUAUUACAAGAAAUAAAAGAAUCAUCAAAAGCACAAUCUGACAUAGAAGAAAAUGUAUCCAAUGAAAAAAUAGAUACACAAGUAGUUCAGGUAAAUGAUAAACAAAUUAUUGAAAAAAAAAAUGAUGAUAAAGUAAAUGAAUCGACAGAUAAUUUAAACAUUGAAAAAGAAAAAAAAAUAAUAAAUUUAAAAUGUCCAACACAAGAAAAUAAAUUAUCACAGUAUGGAUCUGAGGAUUAUUCAGUUUCUCAUGAUACAACCUUGACCCCAAGUAAUCCAACAAAAUCAUUAAGCUUGUCACAAGAGAGUCAACUUGCUGGUGAUCGUAUCGAAUCACCAAUUACCAUGAUGCAAAUUGUACCACCUACAAGAUCUGAAUCACUUGUACGAGAUGAUUCAUCUGAUAUACCAUCAAGUAAUGAUGAAAAACAAUAUGAAAGUAUCAAAGAUCAAAGUAAAAUAUUAAAAUUACAA